GUUGAAACGUUGACUCGUUGGCCAGACCAAGGCAAAGCCAACUGCGGCUCGAGCCUCGAACGCCACUAUAUGUUGUAUCUUCCCGUCUUACUUCAACUCUUUGAAACACCCAACGUAACCAACAGACCGUCGCCAAAAGGCCGGAAUAGUUCACUUCCGACAGCUUCCGGCAGGGUCCCAGAAAGUGGCGAACUUCUGUAUUGAUAUAAUGAUGCUGAUCUCCGUCACACUAAUUGCAUUGUCAUGCUUACAGUAUACUAUGAGCGCUGAGGUUUUCUUUCUUCUCCUUCCUGUUCUAUUCUCCACUCCUACACUUCUCUAAUCGAGACCCGCAAAAUGCCUCCCACCCGCAAAAUAGAAAAGUCUACACCGCUCCAAAGAGGCCUUGCAUGUUUAGCAUGUCGCAAGCGGAAACUCAAAUGCGAUGGUAAACGACCAGUCUGUUCGUCAUGUAUCAAGAUGAAGAGGGAUGGAGAAUGCGAAUACGAAGACAAGAAGCAAAAGAGCCGGACCCAGAAACUGAAGGAGAAGCUCGCGAUGUUGGAAGAACGAAUACGAGAGCUUGAAGGACCUGAAGACGGCGAAAGUGGUACAGCUGCUGCGUCGUCUGGUUCACCCGGAUUGUAUGAUCCACCGGUACAACUUCAUGAUACCGCCCAACUACUCGGCCUUCCAGACUUGGACAACAUCGAUUUCUCGACUCUUGCCGACGUGGGUGGUUCCCGCCCAGUCUCGGUCGCAGGAUGGCCUAGCUUUUCUGCGUCCUCCUCGGCAUCAUCCUCCAGCGGUUCUUUGGGUCCUGUAUCGAGGUCCGUUACUGGGAGUCCCUUUGCUACAGGUAGCGACAAUGAGGUGGACCUGGAUCAACUUUUGAGUAUCAGCAUCUCCGGUUCCAACAUGGAAUUCUCCAACCCCUUUAAUAACGGCCUUGUGAACACUUCCUUCUCUAACCUGUUGCAUUGGGACCCAAAAUCACCGCUUCCGGAAGAAAACAAGCAGAUUCUGUUGGAUAUAUUCUACGCCCAUCGUCAUCAGUGCUGGUUCGACGGGGAUUUCUCUCGCUUCGAUCCUACCAAAUCUCCCCAUCUUCAUGUUCAGCAAAUGCAUCAACAAGUUACCGAACCUCAUCCUGCAUUAUGGAACUCGAUCUACCUCCUCGCAUGUUAUUUUGCACGUUCACCAUUCCUCGUCGAGUUAGAGAACAAUUUCCUCACGCGCACCCUUCACGAAAUCACUGUUGCCCUGGACAACUCGGACCGACUCUCUGAUGUUGUCCAGGCGUCGUGUUUACUGGCCGUAUAUCUCUUCUCCAACAGUCGGAUCUUAGAAGGUUAUUGCCACUCCUUUUCCGCUGCAAGACUCGCGGUAGGUCUCGGACUACAUCAGCUCCAACACCCAAAAAGCUUCUCCUCUCAAGGUGCUUCCUACCGCUCGGACAAUUCGCCUUCAACAAGCUCUAAUCCACUUCCCGGUCUAAUCACAGGACUGGGACCAUCCGGAGCCUCGCCAAUACCGAUACCGCCCCCCAAAAAUAGUUUUGAAUUACGAAAUAGAAUCUCGGCGUUCUGGCAGGUAUUCAUGGUGGAUCGAUGCUGGUCUGUAGCAAAUGGGUUACCAGUCGCUUUGCCGGAUGGGGAACAUCAUCGAGGGCGGAUAAAGACACCUUGGCCUGAACCACCGGAUGAAGAAGUGAUGAACAAUGACUCCAGCUUCUCUGGCGUUUACAUGCCCGCGUUGAAGGCGAAAGCAGCUACGUUGUAUGAAAGGACGUUUCGGUUGGCAUCAGCAUCCAACAAAACGGACACAUAUUGGGUUGAGUAUAAUAAAACUCUUCACGCUCUCCAACGAUUCUCGAGCUGUGUACCUUUCUUUGUCGGCUACGAAGCAUGGCGAACUCAAGCCCCAUUUCUGGAUGUCGAACUGUUCUCGGUGCACACACUCGUGAAUGUCUGCAAUAUCCACCUACACGGUGGUGUCGUUCAAUCGUCGGAGAUUGACCUAAGCAAUGGGUCUGUUCCACUCCAAGCUGCGAACUUCAUCAUGUCGUUGAUAAGGCAGUUGAGUCAGGGAGACUAUGAAUAUCUGGACCCCUUAGUCAGUGCAUGUUGGCUAUCAGUCGCGAAGCUCUACAUUCGGCUGCUGAAUGCGGUGGCUGUGGGCACGAUGACGUCAUUGCCCGCAUACGCGCUUGAGGGAGAGCUAGAUGUGAUUGUCAAUGCGAUGAGAACACUGAGCGUGUUCGUCCCUUUGGCUGGCGAGCACGCGAAAAAGGUGGAAGAGGAGCGAGGAUUUGCAGGAAGCGUGAUAUGACAGAGCUUUUCUGAUUCAAAUUGAAGGUUCCUUCUUGUAUCGGACUAGGGCCAAGUUCCAUGAAAGAGGAAUGAGAGCUCGUUCUUGGUCCCUUCCGCAGAAAACCGAAGGCUGAUCUUAUCGGGAUGAAUUUACCCUUUGGAGCAUUAGUGGAGACGAUGCCCUCAUAGAAAGGUUCGAAAUGACUCCGAGCCAUUGUGGAUGGAUUACAGGAUUUUACGAUACGUUCUAUUUUAUCUUUAUCUUCGGCACUUGUAGUGUAACUUAACGUUCAAUUAGUUGUAUUUUUAUCCAAGUCCUAACCAACUCAACACAGAUUACUGUGGGUAGGAUUACCUCCAUAUAAUUUUACACACACCUUCGAUCUUCAAUCCACAGACGGUUCCCCGACAACCAAACUCACCUGAUCUUUCUAUCAACACCCCCUUGUCAACACGAUCUUGGUGUCGAUUCGAUGUCACGAUUGCACGCAGAUCGUUAGACUCGUAACGGGCGGCAAGCUCGGAUGCGACUCGGACCAGCCUAAAUCUAUUAGGAGCAGGAGCGGCUGCUGCACAUCUUUCCCCCCCAUUUGGUAUGUUCUUCAGAAGGGCCAAAAGGGAUAAGCUAGGGGCUGGAUUGUUAGACAAAGGCACAUGCAAGUCUGAUUUGACCCCAAGGCUAAAUUGCCCCAACCCUGUACUAAAAGUACUAAAGCACCUCAUCGACCGGCAAGCUCUGUUUCGAACUGAGUAUGAUCCCGAUUCCACCAACCCUGUGAAGCUCGUUGACCUUGAUCGAACUCACUUUCGAAUUUCGAGUUAAGGACUUACGCCUAGUAGUGUUCCGAAUCGGAUUUUCAGGAAACAUUAUGUACCAAGUCCACAAGUGAAACGUGGCGUCCAACGUUCAACGUUCAACGCUGGUAUCGAGAGCCUGCGCCCCGCCCCCGCCCCCGGCCAAUCACAGACGACCCGGGAGCCGUGGAUAUCUUUUCCCGUGCGGAAAAGGUUGGUCCCGUCGGGGGGCGGGGCGUGGAAAACCUCCACUUCCUCUUGCAAGCCCGCCCACUCCCUAGAGCCGUGGAACUUCCAAACUUCGACAGGUUCUUCGACGGACCGGUCGAGAGUAGUGGGAGGCGGAAACACCCCUGGACCUUGACCAGUUAAUGGGGACUUGAAGUUUCCGUUUUUACCCCAAGACACAAUAGACGCCCUUGUGUAAUGUGCGCAGGCUCUUGGAGUCCUCCGAGUCGGAACUCGAGACGCUGCCCGUCUGACUCGCAGCUGUUGUCGUGAUUUGAGCUCACAAGUGAGCACCCCAGCUCGUCCCAAAUUUCCGAGUUGAAAGGGGUUGGGGGGUUUGACCAGUGCAUGUAGUGACUUACUACGGACUCUACAUAGGAGUGGGCCGAAAAGGAAGCUCAAAUGAACCUCACUAUUAACACUAGGUAACUUACGGUGGUUAGUUCAGACUCGGAGGGGUGCGGAAAGAUCUGAGGGUGAGGUAAGGUGCCAAGGAAGUCAUGAGGCAAGUAUGUGCGCCCAAUGCGAGUCUAGGUGUUUGUACCAACAACUUUCUGCCGC